AUGGUCAUAUCCGUUCCUGUUUGGAAUUUUGGAAAUCUUGGUCGAUUUAACCAAUCGGAAAUAAUACAUCUGAAGAUACAACUUAUCCUUCUACAGCCAUGUGCUCGAACUGUCAAGCUGUUCGUGGCAUGCUUUAUCCGUCUUCGCUGGUGCCAUCCUGCUCCCGCCGUUGGAAAAAACAACAAGAAAAAUAAGGCCAUGUGGGCCAAGAAAAGUCUUCUCCGUAAAGAAAGAGCAGCCGAGAAGAAGAAACAGAUGUCAGAGAAGGAGAGGGAGGAAGAAAAGAAGGGCGAGGAAAAGAACGCUGAGAUGGAGAAGAGAAGAAGGUGGAGGAGCUUCACCAUUAACGUGGGCACUAAUAUGGAUGGUCAGUGGGACGUCGUUCCUACCCUUCACCUUGAUGCGGAGGCAAGCAAAAAGGAGGCCGACAGUCUUGAUGGUGACUUCAUCAUCAAUAUUGAUACCGAAAUGACCGGCCAGUAG